AUGCAGACAAGUACUCCAUCAUACGCCGCUUCAUCUUGUUCCCUUUUUUCUACGCUGCCCCCGUCUCCUCCUCCCCCAGGUGAUAGAGGCGGACAAGUACGCCAUCAUGCGCCGCUGCUCCAUCCCAGCUGCUCCAUGUGUGUUGACUUGACCCCUCUUCCCCUGCCCCCCUUCCCUCCCGCUCCGCCCGCCCCCCCCCCACCACCCCCCACUCACCCCUCCCUCUCAGGUGAUAGAGGCGGACAAGUGAUAGAGGCGGACAAGUAUGCCAUCAUGCGCCGCUGCGCCAUCCCAGCGCGCGACCUCCGCAUUCUCGACCCGCUGCUCUCCUACCCCUCCACGCUGCUGGGCCGCGAGCAAGCCAUCGUGGUCAAUCUGGAGCACAUCAAGUGCAUCAUAAUGGGGGAGGAGGUGCUGCUGCUCAACCAGCUUCUCUGCCCUCCCCACCCCGCUUACACCACCUUCCAUCCCCCCUACAUUCGCUCUCACCCAUAUCCCAUCCCUUUCCGCUCACUCCUCAGUGCAUGGCUGUCCUCUUAUCCCUUCCAUUCCACCCCCGAGUGCAUAAUAAUGGCGGAGGAGGUGCUGCUGCUCAACUGGCGGAAUUUCCAGGUGGCGCGGGUGGUGGAGGAGUUAAAGGCGCGCCUGCCCCUCCAUCUCAAUGCUGCAGGCCAGCAGGUGGCACGGGUGGAGGAGGAGCUCAAGUCGCGCCUGCCCCUGCACUUCAAUGCCACAGGGCAGCAGGUGUGUGUGUGGUGGGGGCAACAGGCGAGAGAGAGACACAUCACAUCACAUGAUGGUCUCAGGUGGCGCGGGUGGUGGAGUGGAGUGGAGGAUCUCAAGGCGCGCCUGCCGCUGCACCUCCACACAGCAGGCCACCAGUCUGCCUGCGGCACCCUUGAUGCUGAGGUGAGCCUCAGGGAUGGUGUGAGGGCAGAGGUGUGGGUGGAAAGGAAUGGGUGUGCUGCUGCUGUAACCAGGGCCCAACGCGUUGCCUUUGAGUCCCGUGCACUGGAGGUGUGCCUGGACUGGAGUCUGCCUGUGGGACCCUCGACGCUGAGAGGAGCAGGAGCAGGAGGAGGUAUACCUCCUCCUGCUCCUUCACUGGACGAGUUGAUCGCAUCUUUCCCCCAUUCGUGCACGGUGCACCCCUUUCACCGCUUUUGCUCUCCCCCUUCGCCGCCUUGGCCUCCAGACCACUCGAGUGGAGCAGGAAGCAUAACCAGCAGUAGACGAGCUCACGGCGUCAUUCCCCCAUUCGUGCACCUCUUUCUCCUCUCUCUCCCCCACUCUUCCCGCCAGACAACCCGAGUGGAGCAGGAGGCAUACCCGGCACUGGACGAGCUGACGGCGUCCGUGUCAACGCUCAACCUGGAGAGGGUGCGGCAGAUCAAGAGCCGCCUCGUCGUCAUCUCUGGCCGCGUGCAGAAGGUGCGAGAUGAGCUAGAGCAGUUGUUAGACGAUGAUGAGGACAGGGACGAGAUGUAUGUGCCUCACUCACAGACAAGCUGCUACUGUGUGGCUCCUGCUUCAUCAUAUCCUCUCUACCAACAGCUUGGUGUUGAGUUAGAGCAUUUGUUGGACAACAAUGAGGACAGGGACGAGAUGUAUGUGCCUCACUCACAGACAAGCUGCUACUGUGUGGCUCCUGCUUCAUCAUAUCCUCUCUACCAACAGCUUGGUGUUGAGUUAGAGCAUUUGUUGGACAACAAUGAGGACAGGGACGAGAUGCCCUCACAGACAAGCUGCUGCACCGUUUUCCCUUAUUUUCUGCGUACUCUUUAUUGGCAGAUGCGAGACGAGUUAGAGCAGCUGCUAGACGAUGAUGAGGAUAUGGACGAGAUGUGCCUCACAGGCAAGCUGCUGCAGCAUCUCCCCUGCUUUACUUUGUCCCCUACACCAUCCCAUCCCCUUUAUUGGCAGGUUCGAGAUGAGCUAGAGCAGCUGCUAGACGAUGAUGAGGACAUGGACGAGAUGUACCUCACAGACAAGCUGCUGCAGCAGCGGCAGGCUGCGGCAGAGCAGCAGCAGGAGGAGGAGGAGAUGCGCGAGGAGGAGGAGCGGCAGCGGCUGCUGCUGCUGCAGCAGCACCAGCACGUGCACGGGCGGGCAGAGGAUAAGUUCAGCUUUGGCGUGCCCUCCCACUCCGGAUCCUCUGCCCGUGGAGAGAAAAGGGGAGGAGGAGUUUCUGAAAGGGAAAAGAAAUGUCCGAGCUCUGGUAGUGCUUCCCCACCUGGCCUGGAUGACAUUCCUCCGGAUGGAGAUGGUUCGGAAGGUGCAGGUUCGGAAGGUGCAGGCUCAGAAGAUGCAGGUUCGGAGGGUGUAGGUUCGGAAGGUGUAGGUUCGGAGGGUGCAGGUUCGGAGAGCACAGGUUCAGAUGGUGCAGGGUCAGACGGGCAUGAGCCGUUGCUGCUAGCGAUUGGUCGACAUGACCAUGCAAGCUCGGGAUCGCAGCGCCGUCCCCCUUCUUCGUCCCAGCAUUCAAAUCCGACCGUCCAUUCGUCUCUCUCUCACUUCUCCCCCACAGGACCCUCUCCUAGCCUUCCCCGCCUCUCCAACUCUUCUGCCAGCGGCCGCUCACACUCUCAUUCUCACUCACACUCGCACUCCCGCGGGCACUCCCACUCACGCUCCCACGCACAGCACCCUGACCACCACCGGCAUUCAAGUCACUCUCUUCCCAGCGUGGCUGAGCAUGGGCCAGGAGUAGGCUCAGUGGGUUCUCUUCCGGGUGUGAUUGGUGGUGAGGUUAUGGGAUUGGUGGAGUGGGAUGUGGAGGAGUUGAAGAUGCUGCUGGAGGCGUACUUUGUGCAGAUUGAAGGCACUCUCAACAAGCUGUCAUCGAUGUCUCAUCCUUCAGUUGCUCGAGGUUCUGGACUAGAGGCCACGGAGCACUACAUCAACAACAUAUUCCUCUAUACCCCUCCAUACCAUACGCUGAGGGAGUACGUGGAGGACACGGAGGACAAACAUAAUGCUGGACGAGAAGCAGAACAGUCUGCUGCAGAUGAACGUGCUGCUCACCACCGCCACUCUCUUCAUCUCCUCCCUCCCUACACAACACCCCUCUCUACCCCUCUGUACUCGUCUCUGCGGGAGUACGUGGAGGACACGGAGGACUACAUCAACAUAAUGCUGGACGAGAAGCAGAACAGUCUGCUGCAGAUGAACGUGCUCCUCACCACCGCCACUCUCUUCAUCUCCUUCUUCAUCGUUGUCACGGGGGUGUUUGGGAUGAACAUCGACUGCUCGUAUUUCGACCCGGAGAACCCAGCCAAUUAUAGCGUGUUUUAUUAUGUUGUGAUUGGGAGCACUGUAGCGUGUAUCACGUCGUUUAUUCUGGCGGUGGUGUACAUGCCUACCAACGGUUCCCGCAAUCCGCGCAUUUCCCGCAUCUCCCCCGUUUCCCCCUCGUGCCGCGAUUCCGCGCGAUCUCCUCCAUCCGCAUCGAUCCUGCGGGGAUCGGCUUCCGCUUCCGCUGCCGCUCCCGCUUCGCUGCUCAACCUGGCGGAAGUGUCCGCGCAGCUGCCGGGAGAUCUCUCCGGAUACAUGGAGCGAGUCCGCGAGUGCAACGCGGGGCUGGUGGGUGGUGGGUGGGAGAGGGGGAAACGGGGGGAGACGGGGGACGUCUUUGUUAUUCGGAGCACUGGCGGCACAACUGCUGCUGGUGGGCGAGUGCUGUCGUUUUCAGGCCGGUUGGAGGCAGCGGGGGCAGCUGAGCGCACAGAGGCGGUGGCAGGGGUGCUGCAGCGGCUGCGUGAGCAGGGUGUGGUGACUGGCUGGCGCAAUGAGCUAUAUCCCGUGGGUGCCUCGUUCUAUGCGCCACCAGCAUUCCUCAUCGAGCGAGCAGCAGCGCCUCUCUUUGGCACCAAGGCAUACGGCGUGCACAUGAAUGGCUACACACACUUGCCCUCCUCUUCCUCUUCUUCCUCGCUCCACCUGUGGGUGGCACGGCGGUCCCCGUUAAAGCCCACGUUCCCCAACCAGCUGGAUCAUCUAGUGGCGGGCGGGCAGCCGCACGGCAUCAGCUGCAGGGACAACAUGAUCAAGGAGUGUGAGGAGGAGGCAGACAUUCCAAGGCACUUGGCAGAGAGGGCAGUGCCAGUGGGGGUGGUGAGCUAUGAGACUGUGACAGCAGCCAACACGCUCAAGAGGGAUGUGCUGUUCUGCUACGACCUCCUGCUGCCGCCCGACUUCACCCCCCGAAACACAG